AUGGCCUCUGCCUCUAGCCGGCGAACCCUGUCCACGACUCAUCCGCUCAGACUCGCUCAAUCGCGCAGUGUCGCCGAGCUGCCGGAACGAAUCAUCCCACGCUAUCUCCAAGUCUCAAAGCCAGGCUCGUCCCUGCUGUCGCUCAACUGGCCGCGGCCGCCGCGCAACCUGCUGCUGGUGCAGAAGCUCUACUCUCCCGAGGUGACCGAGUCCGUCGUCCAGUUCGCCAGACACCUCCGCAGCGACUAUCCCGACGUCAACAUCGUUAUUGAAGCCCGCGUCGCCGUCCCGAUCCAGCAAGCGCUCGACUUCCCCAUCUUCGUCGUCGACAACGGCACCAACAUUGCCGACAAGAUUGAUGCUAUUGCGACGUUUGGCGGCGACGGCACCGUCUUGCGCGCCGCCAGCCUGUUCAAGCUGCAUGGCUCCGUCCCUCCCAUUCUGUCGUUUAGCAUGGGAACCCUCGGUUUCCUAGGCGAGUGGAACUUUUCAGAGCACAAGAAGGCUUGGAGGGAAAUGUACAUGAGCGGGAGCGACGUCAGUGCGGCGCGCAACGCUGCCGUGCCGCGGGGGCGAGACGAGAAUGUGGACGGGAGCAGGGCUGCGGGUGAGGGCUGGGAGCGAGUCAAGGGCAAGAGCAUGGGCAUCAACAGGGCGUCGCGAGUCCUGCUGCGGCAUCGGAUCAAGGCGGACAUCCUGGACAGGGCCGGCAACAACAUCAACCACCAGGUCUCCAACACCUUGGCCAGCCAGCCAAAGUCGGGCAUUGCCAGUCCAAAGGAGAUCUCGCCCCCUCUGCGUGCCAUCAACGAGAUUUCAGUCCACCGUGGCUCGCACCCGCACUUGGCCAUCAUCGACAUCUACCAAAACGGCCACUUCCUCACGGAGACGACGGCUGACGGCAUUCUCAUCAGCACACCCACCGGCUCAACGGCUUACAGCCUCAGCGCAGGAGGGCCCAUUGUGCAUCCUCUGGUGAAGUCGCUUCUCAUCACACCCAUCAGCCCUUGCAGCCUCAGUUUCCGGUCUCUUGUGCUGCCACUGGAUACAAAGGUGACGCUCCGGAUGAGCCCCAAGAACAGGGGCCGCGAACUGGACCUCAGCAUCGACGGCAAACGGUGUGCCGGCGUCCUGCCCGGGUCAGAGAUCCACGUCGAAGGCGAGUUUGUCGGGCGAGCGGGGCCCGGCGAGGAGUGGCAUGGCGGCGUGCCGUGCGUGAUUCGCACAGAGGACGACGAUCCGUGGGUGGGCGGACUCAAUGGACUUCUUAAGUUUAAUCACCCCUUUGGCAGAGAGCCUCCGAACGAGGAGUUUUCUGACUAG